AUGCCGCGCCUGCGCCCAUCUUUCAUACGGCGGGCGCACAACAUCUCCUCACACCUCGCCACACUCCUACCUGCCUGUCGGGACCUGCGCUCGGCACAGAACGAGUUGCGAUGGAUCCGUGAGCACGUCUCGUCCUCUUUGGCCCCUGCUCACGAGCAUAACGUUACGUCACGCAGCUGCGUCACAAAGACGGCCGUGGCGGUCAUCAAGAAGCAUCUCGAUACCGAGGUCCAGAUUGACCGUCUGUGCAGACUGCGAGGGACCCGGGGCGUGCCGCUGCAGUACGUGCUCGGAUCGCAGCCCUUUGGCGACCUGGACAUCCGGUGCCGGCCAGGCGUCCUGAUUCCGCGUCCUGAGACCGAAGCCUGGGUGUUUCACCUCGCAGACUUGGUCAGGAACGUCAUUGCGGAAGGCGCGCUUUCACGACCAGGUGGCGAUGUUGAUGAUCGCACUGCCAGACCGCUGAAGAUCGUGGACCUCUGCUCCGGAUCCGGAUGCAUCGCCCUGCUGCUUUCGUCACUCCUGCGAAGCCAUCUACGGGGCUCGGACGUAGACAUUCGUGGAUUCGAUGUCGAGCCUCGGGCCGUAAGCCUAGCGAAAGAGAAUUUGGCGUAUAAUCUGCGACGACGUGUGCUGCCACGACCUCGUGCCGGCCGCCAGAACGUGGUGUUCGAGAAAGCCGAUAUCUUCUCUGAAGACUGGCUGGCGUCUCUGCAUCAUGACCCUGCAGACCCUAAUGCGGGAGGGUCCAAGCUGGGGGCUCCGAUUGACAUUUUCGUUUCCAACCCGCCUUACAUCUCGAUGAGGGGUUACGACUGCGACACAGGUCGAUCCGUCCGUAAUUACGAGCCCAGGCUUGCCCUUGUGCCGCACGAAUCGCUACGGAUCUCAUCCUUUGCCGACUGUGCGCCGGAAGACGUCUUCUAUGCCAGGCUACUCGAGGUGGCCGAGAUACUCCGUCCGAAGUUCGUGGUGCUUGAGGUCGGUGAUCUGGCUCAAGCCACACGCGUCCUAGAAAUGGCGGUCCGGGCGCCACGACCGUGGAUUACCAUGGAGGUGUGGAGGGAUUGGCCUGAUAUGGCACCUGAGGAGGGCGAGGAUCAGGUUGUGCGAAUCGGUGGGCUGCAGGUGCCGGUUAGGGGCAGUGGACAUGGGAGGACUGUCUUCCUCCAGCGUGGUGCCUGA